AUGGUUUACCUUAGUAUGAAAACUCAGGGGGUAACUGAGGACCAAAUUAAACUGCGUGCUUUCCCUUUUUCCUUAGUAGAUUCUACUAGAGAAUGGUUAUUUUAUUUACCUCCUGGAUCUGUAACGACUUGGGCUGAUCUGUCUUAUUUAUUUCUCAACAGGUUUUUUCCAGCAUCACGUGUAGUCGAGUUAAGAAGAGAAAUCGUGGGAAUAAGGAAAAAAGACGCAAAGUCUCUGUACGACUAUUGGGAACGAUUUAAGAAGUUGUGUGCAAGUUGCCCACAACACGGUAUAACAGAACAAUCUUUACUCCAGUACUUUUAUGUAGGCCUGAAACCCAUGAAGAUGAAUAUGGUAGAUGCCGCCAGCAGAGGAGCAUUGGUCAACAUGACUCCACAACAAGCAAGAGACUUGAUCUCCACUAUGGCUGCAAACUCCCACCAAUUUCGAGCCAAUCCUGAACCCCCUAAAAGGGUUCAUCAACUAAGUAAUUCAACCUUAGAAGAUACAGUUGAUAGAAUUGCUAAUAUUUUGAAUUCUCUUGUUGUAGAAAAAGCAAAGACAGUCCGGUUAUGUGGAAUAUGUGCUACCCCUGAACAUACAACUAAUGUAUGUCCCAGUUUGAAUGAUGAUACUAUGGCUCAUUUAGAUGCUGUGGGAAAUUUUCCUGGGCCACCACAAAGGCGAUACCACCCUUACGCUAAUACCUACAACCUAGUAUGGAGGGAUCACCCUAACUUAAGUUAUGGAUCCAACCCACGAGCCAUACCAGAAUCGAGUUCCACAACAGCCACGAGAUUCAGGUAA